AUGUGGCACUAUACACCCGCAAUCUGCCUGUGCGCCGCGCUCGCCGUCAUGCAAGCCGCCCGUGCCGCACAGCUGCCCAACUACGUGCCACCUCAGUACUACCACUACCCGACGCCGCGCCAUCCGCUCAACAUACCCGCCAAUGUGGGCGCAGCAGCACAGUAUCAAUACCAACAACAAUACUCCGCGUACGCGCCGCAACGUUACGUGCAACCCCAACAACAGCAACAACAACAAUACUACCAACAAGCACAACCCUCCGCCAAGGUGACACAGCAAUUCUCCUCGCCUGCGCUGGAAAAUGCCGCCUUCACUUCAGCCCUCACCAGCCAGGGUUACACUUUUGGUGGCAAUAGCCUUGCGGCCGCAUCAGUGUCAGCGGCACGCGCGCUGCCCUCAGCGCUGUCGCUGCCACCAUCCAUUGCGCAGUCGCUUGAGUCCAGCAAUGAUAUUGCGUCGGAAGGCACCAUCGAUUCCUCGGAUUCUUCCGUAAAUCUGAAACUACCGCUACCAGUGAAUAUAGCGCCCAUCAAGGUGCAACCGCUGCCGCUGCAGGCAGGCGCUUCCUUCAGCGAGCUGGCCAACGCAGUGACUUCGUACGGCACCGUUUAUCCGCAGCGCAAGCGCCGUUGA